AUGGACGCCAUCUUCUCGCUCGCGGCGGGGCCCCGGGCGCGCGUCCUGGAGCGCGCAGCGGCCCGCAUCCCCGGCUGCCUCUACAUCUGCCUUUGGGCGCCGAUGAUGAUCGCCGGCCCGCUCCCUUCCAGCCAUUUGUUUUGCGUGGACGCGUGGAUCACCAACGACGGUGGCGGUCGCGCAAGGGCGGUGUUCGAGGAGUACCGGAGAGCGUUCUGCGCCAUCGUGAGCGGCUGCGUGCCCGGCUGGGCGUACAAGGACGGCCGCCCGUACAUGGAGCUGUCGGAGACGGACCUCACGUCGUCGGCGUCGCUGCCGGUGCAGCUGCAGUUCUACCACGUGGUGGUGCAGAUGGCGGUGUUCAUGGGCUGCGACAACGGCGAGAUCGAGGUUGGGCUGUCGAGCACCUCGGCGCCGGCGGUGGUGAGCCACGUGCAGCACUCGCUCCUGGAGGAGCUCAUGCAGGCAGCGCCAACGGUGCCUUCGUCUUCGUCGUCCUCCCUGCCGUCCAUCUCCAUCGGGAGCCCCGAGUACUCCUCGUUCAUCCGCUCAAUGGCCACGUUGGCUAACGCCACCGGCGGCGCCGAGCCAUCUUCUCAAGAACUGCAGCUGCACCCGGCUGUGCCGCUGCCCGGCUUGCCCGCGCCGGUAUAUGGCCCACACGGCCAAGCGCCGUUCCUUGACCCCGAUAACGAGGAGGCUGCAAUGACGCAGGCAAUUCUCGCCGUCAUCUCCUCCUCCGCGCCGCCACCGCCGGCGUCCUCUCCAUGGCUCGUCCGCCACCGUCCUCAACGGUCGUCGCCGCGGCGUUGGAGGGGGGCGUUCAGGGCGUACAACGCGGCGCUCUCACCGCGAGCGCGGCCACGGUCGGGCGGGCCGGGGCAGAGGAUGAUCAAGACGGCCAUCGCGCUCAUGAUGAGCGUGCAAAUGGCAAUGCGCGACCGGGAGCUCGCAGAAGCGCGCCAACAUGAGGAUGCCGCCGCCGCCGCCGCCGCGCAGCCACCUCCGCCGACGCAGCAGCAGCACACCAGCAGCCAGCUUCACCACAUGUUCUCGGAGCGGCGCCGGCGCGAGCGCCUGAACGAGAGCUUCCAGACUCUCAGAGCACUGCUUCCUCCCGGAACAAAGAAGGACAAGGCCACGGUUCUUGCAAACACGACGGAGUACAUGAACAAGCUGAUCGCCGAAGUGUCGGAGCUCGAGGAGAGGAACCGGAGGUUGGAGGCGCAGCUUGGCCUUGGCCUGCCGGGCGAGACCCAGCAAACGCCAAGCGACGGCGACCCAUCGGAGAGAGUGGCCGUUGAUGUGACCACCGGCGCAUCGACCUCGAGUUCAACGUCCUGUCAACCUCAGGAGGUGAGCAUUAGGGUGACGGUGCGGGCUGAGUGCGAUCUGUCGGAGGUUGUGGUCGCCAUGCUCGCCCGGAUCAAGGCGAUGGGGCACUUCACCGUGGUGACCGUCGAUGCUCGGCAGCGGAGCAGCGCCCAUGCACAAGUCGGCAUCACAUUGCGAGCCGCGGGUGGCAACGACGAGCUCGACGAGACAUCCCUCAAGGAAGCUGUGGCGAAGGCUGUCGAGGAUGCGGUGGCAAGACCUCCAUCGCCGCCGUAA